AUGAGCAAUGAUAUAACCAGCAAAAAGCGAAGAAUGAGGAGGGAUUACGCAUAUCACCUGGAAUACCGCACAAGAUGGUCCGAUAACGACAUGUAUUCGCAUUUAAAUAACAGCAUAUAUGCAUUCCUCUUCGAUUCGAUCAUAAAUUCGUAUUUGAUCUCCCAUUGUGGUCUUAAUCCAUUCACCUCGAGCUCCUCAGCACAAAACACAGCUACCGAAUCAGCGCAGAUCGGCCUAGUGGUAUCCUCAUAUUGUGACUAUUUUGCCUCUGUCGCUUUUCCGGAUGUACUCGAGCUAGGGCUUCGUGUGGUCAAGCUGGGUAAAUCUAGUGUCACAUACGAGGUUGGAGUCUUUAAGCAGGGCGAAGAGGCCGUGAAGGUUGUUGGCGGGUUUACGCAUGUGUUUGUUGAGAAAAAGGACAUGAAACCUACUUCAGCCGGUAUGAAGUCAGAAAUUCGCAAGGGGCUAGAAAGGUUACUUGUCGAAAGAGGAGGUGAAGCUGCAAAGCUGUAG